GACGGGAAAUCCGUGAUGCUUCAUGAAGAGGUAAAGACAGAGAUCCAGACAGCAGCAUCACUGUGGAUGUGAAAUCACGGCUUUCUGAGAGUCAAACGGAGAACAUUCUCAAUGGAGCAUCAUUCCAGAUCAAUUCAGCAGGGUUCCUCAGGUGGGAAUGCCUCCCUUUCUCCACCGACUCUGAGUCCAGCGAUCCCUCCCUACGUCAAACUGGGCCUGACAGUCGCCUACACCGUCUUCUACUCCAUCCUUUUCGUGUUCAUCUACGCUCAGCUGUGGCUGGUGUUGCGUUACCGGCACAAACGCUUCAGCUACCAGACGGCGUUCCUGUUCCUUUGUCUGCUGUGGGCGGCACUGCGCGCACUCCUCUUCUCGUUCUAUUUCAGGGACUGCGUGACGGCCAACGCGCUCGGACCGUUCUCCUUCUGGCUGCUCUACUGCUUCCCCGUGUGCCUGCAGUUCUUCACCCUCAGCCUCAUGAAUCUGUACUGCGCUCAGGUAUUCUUCAAGGCCAAAUCAAAGUAUUCUCCUCACCUCCUUAAAUAUAAGUUUCCUCUGUAUCUGCUGUUUGUUGGUGUGAGUCUGCUGUUUCUCCUGGUCAAUCUGACGUGUGCUCUGCUGGUGAAGAUGAGCGACACACAGGUGAAGACCGUCGUCCUGGUGCGGGUCACCAUCAAUGACUCUCUCUUCGUUCUCUGCGCCGUCUCUCUGUCCGUCUGCCUCUACAAGGUGGCCAAGAUGUCUCUGGCCAGCAUCUACCUGGAGUCCAAGGGCACAUCCGUGUGUCAGGUGACCCUGAUUGGUCUCAUGGUGAUACUCCUGUACGCAUCACGGGCGUGUUAUAAUUUAGUGGUCCUGGCUCUCACAGACAUCGAGACCAUUCAUUCAUUUGAUUACGACUGGUACAACGUGUCUGAUCAGGCGGAUCUGAGGUCUAGUCUUGGCGAUGCCGGUUAUGUCGUGUUUGGUGUGAUUCUGUUCGUGUGGGAGCUGCUGCCCACAUCUUUGGUGGUCUUCUUUUUCCGAGUGCGCAAACCUGCUCAGGACAGGAGCGGUUCUGCGAUUCCCAGCCAUGUUUUCACAAACAGACCAUAUUUCUUUGACAACCCCAGACGUUACGACAGUGAUGACGAUUUAGCCUGGGCUUCCCACACCCAGACCACCUCAACAAGUUUGUCUACAGACUGCUAUGAUUGGAGGAGCCGGAGCAGCAGUUUCCUGGUUCAUUUGGGAGGAGAUGAUCAACGGUUGUCCAUGGCAACAGCGGGACUAAACCGUUAA